AUGCUGCUCCUGCUCAUCUUGUCUGUAUUGGGUACAAAUGUAUUGACUGCUGGUCAGGUUUGGCCUUUGCACAGCACAGCACGGAAAACAAUUUCUCUGAGCAGUUACAGAGGACAUGUUUUUCAAGAGGAGGGAGUGUGGAACUACUCUACCAUACUCUUGAGAGAAGACAUUGGUGUACUCAUCCUGGGAGCUCGAGAGACCAUCUUUGCCCUGGACCUCACUAACAUCACCCACAAGAAGGCUAUGGUAAAGUGGGAGGUGACUCCAGAUAUGCGGAAGGCAUGUUUAAACAAAGGGAAAAGUUUGGAGACCGAGUGUUAUAACUACAUCCGGAUCCUUCAUGAAAUGCCAGAUGACAAGAUGUAUGUGUGUGGUACCAAUGCUUUCAAUCCAACUUGUGAUUUAAUGUCUUAUACAGAUGGCAACCUGACUCUGGAAAAUAAAGAACAUGAUGGGAAGGGGAGGUGUCCAUUUGAUCCUUUCCAGAGAUACGCCUCUGAACUUGUUGAUGGAGAGCUGUACUCUGCUACAUCUAUGAAUUUCCUGGGCUCAGACAUGGCUGUGAUGCGAAGCUUAAAUUACACUGUACGAUCUGAUUAUUCGUCUGGUUGUCUCAAAGACCCCAUUUUUAUUGGCAUGCAGCAUAUUGCGGAGGGAAAGGAAAACCCAGAGGGGGAUGAUGACAAGAUUUACCUCUUCUUUAGUGAAACAGCUGUAGAGUAUGACUCCUACAAUAAGAUGCAAGUGUCAAGGGUGGCCCGCAUCUGUAAGGGGGAUAGAGGAGGAAAGUGGAUAUUGCAGAAGAAGUGGACUUCAUUUCUAAAGGCUCAUCUGGAUUGUCCUGUCCCUCAAAGCAAACUGCCUUUAAUUAUACAGGAUGUGUUCCUCUUCUGCCCAGGCAAUUGGACAACCUGUGUGUUCUAUGGAGUCUUCACUCCUCAGACGAGCACAUCACAGUUCUCUGCAGUGUGUGCCUAUGGGAUACAAGACAUCAGGGAAGUGUUCUCUGAAGGCAAAUUCAAAAUGCUGUACAAUAACCAUCCUGUUACAAAAUGGGUGACGUACACCGGAGAAGUUCCUGACCCCCGUCCUGGAGCUUGUAUUAACAAUGACGCAAGGCAGAAAGGGUUUUCCACGUCCUUGGACUUGCCUGAUAAAACCCUUCAGUUUGUCAAAGACAAGCCUCUGAUGGAUCAGGCAGUGACGCCGUCCUCUCAACAACCCCUACUGGUGAAGGAAGGAGCUGCUUUUACAUGUAUAGUAGUGGCCAGCACUACUGCCCUGGAUGGGAGCAGCCAUCAGGUCAUGUUUAUUGGCACAGCAAGUGGUUCAGUGCUGAAAGCAGUCGACUAUAAUGGAGAGAUGGUGAUCAUAGAGGAGAUGCAGCUCUUUAAUCAUUCUGAGCCAGUGAAGAUACUGCGCCUCUCCACCACCACGGGUCAGCUGUAUGCAGGCUCUGAGGUGGCAGUGGUGCAGAUGCCGCUGAGUGCAUGUGGCCAUUACAUCUCCUGUAUGGACUGUGUGCUGGCCAGAGACCCGUACUGUGGCUGGGACUUCUCCUCCGACAGCUGCAUUGCUAUAAAUAACACUCAUCCAGACACACACAGUGAGGUGAUUCAGAGUCUGAGAGAUGGAAAUGCUAUACGUUGUCCUCCAGUUGAGAGCACUAAGACUAAUAAAAACUUCUACCCGGGUAGCACAGUAAGGCUGCAGUGCCAGCCUGGGUCAAACUGGGCUCAAGUGAAGUGGCUCGUCAACAAUCACCCAGUUAAAAACUCCAACAUGUACCACAUUCAACACGACAGCCUGUUGAUCCUCAAUGCCACAGGCAGUGACGUCGGCCACUACACCUGCACCUCUGAAGAGACAUCCAAUGGCAAAACGUAUAUCACCCAAAUUAUUACGUAUGAGCUGAGGCUGGAGGACUUAACAGGACAUCCUUCUCAGGAAAAGCAGACUAUCCUCUUGGCCCUCAAAUUUAUAGUCAUCAGCUUAACUUUGACAACAUUUGCGAUUGUGUCAUGGAACUUCUACAAAGGGUAUUUUCCCAUCCCGAGAUGCUUCAGAAAAGCUGAGGAAAGACUACAGAGCACGACUGAAUGUCAGGAGGAGUCACUGCAAACAGUAAACAGCAAUAAGGCAGCAUCAACAGGGUACAGCAGCAACAGUAAUAAUGAUAACAGAAUUGCUGAAUUCCAUAAUACUGUAAACCAGCAUAAUGGAGACAAAGCGUUGUACUGA